AGCCAAUGAAAUUCGAGCGCAAUUUAAAUAGAUUGUCACUCUAAGCCAAUCGCGUGCCGUUAUUAUAUUGUAAAUUACACAAACACACAGCAACGCACCGCUGCACACACGCUUUCAUCUGUCAUUAGUGUCAAAGUCUCUUCGCUGCUGCAGGUUUCGCAAACAGUGCUCUGCUUCAAAUUCUACGCCUCAUCCUUUCUCCUUCUAACACAAGGACAGCUCGGGGACGCGUUCCGGCGAGAGACAUGGCUCCCCACACAGGCAAGGCAACACGGACGAAGCGUUACCUGGACGAAAACGUGGAAAAUAUCAGAGAGGAAAGCGAAAGGGUGCUUCGCGCAUCACGUGUCACAGCGAGCCCACCGCCCAAGAGAAGAAGAGGUAACCUACCUAAAGAUUCAGUUAAUGUUCUUCGAAUGUGGCUGUGGGAGCACAGAUUUAACGCUUAUCCUUCCGAAGCGGAGAAACAGUAUCUAUCGAAGGCCGCCAACCUAUCUGUGCUUCAAGUAUGCAACUGGUUCAUCAAUGCGCGAAGGCGAAUACUGCCGGAGAUGAUUCGUCGCGAAGGACGAGAUCCUAGCAAUUACACGAUCACGCGAAGAGCGAAUGUGAAAAAUCCUUCUCCGAACAGCUUGUACCAACGAAGUUUAACGCCCAGCCCCGAGCCGCACUUCGAUAAAGACUUUAACCGGCACGAGCAAGAGUCGUAUUUUCCUGUUUGUGAUUAUCAGGGACAUUUUGAAUACGUGGGCUGUCAUAGUCCUUCCUCGCAAGGGCAACAGGAGAGCGACACAGAAAUGCCGGCAAAUGAACAAACUGCUCAAACACUAGACGCUUUCAGCAGUAUCAAUUUAUUAGUGGAGGUCGCUCUGAAUAUGGACGAAUUUCGUAAACAAGGAAAAAAUUGCUUUCAAGGGUUAUCUUCAUUGUCAUGCUAACUUUAAGGCAAUUUGAAAUUUAUAUCGCAUGUAGACUUUGUGUUUUGUCAUUGUACCUGGGAAUCCUUUGUACAUUAUAAUGAAUAAUAUAUCGUUGGUUCGCCGACCAGAGGGCGACUUGACAAGUUGCGUUACCUGCACCAAGGGUAACUCGAAUAAUGGUUUCACUUGCAAAACGCGUUUCGUCCGAUCUCGGGGGCAUCGCGCGAGAUAAUUCGAACCCAUUCCGUGCUUUGCGCGCGCCGGCCGUCCGCAGAUUAAAACACAGAGUAUCGCGAAAUUUAACAAGUCCGAGAUUAUGUAAAUGUGCUAUUGUUUUGUCGAACGCUGUGUAAAUAGAAUUCUAAACUGACGUUGUGACAGACGAACGAACUGUCAAGUGACAAGACUUCCCUGCCGGUGACAUGAAAGCGAACAACCAGCGUUUGAAAUUAACUUGUCAUUUGUUUCCAAUUUUCUAGCAUGGUUCGGUAAAGCGAGCCAGCUUUGACAUUUGGUCUGACAUUAAAAAUCGAAUUCUUCAUCUA